GAGGCCCAGUCCCAGCGUGGCUCGCCCGUCUCGAUCGCCACCAACUAUGCAUCCGAGAUCAUAAGCUGACAGUCCCACAGAGGCCACACAGGAAGCAGCUGGGAAGGAAUAAUAUAUCUAUGGAGGGAGCACUGACCCUUUGGACCCUCGCCCAAUCCUAAGCCCGAUUCCAUUUGCCUGCUUAUGUUGUGCCUCUGUCAGCUUCCUCAGCGCCGGGACUCCGGGUUGAUGAAUCGAUGAAAUUGUGGCAUAAUUCUUACAGCUUGUCGUCCUGAGAACGAUUCUUUUAUCAACCGCAUACUUCCUUCCAUCUUGUCCAUUUCAUCAGCUCUUUCUGGUCUACGUUGAAGCGCGUUUUCUAUCUCCGCGCCCUGGCCUCUUCGUGUGAUCGGAAAUGCCGUCCAGAAUCUACCGCUCACCCUACCCACCGGUCAAGCUGAUCGACAUCGAUCUCUUGACCUACCUCUUUUCGAAUCCGAAAAACACACCAGACGAUAAGCCGAUAUUUAUUGACGCAGUCACAGGAGCUCAUCGCACCUAUGGAGAUACUAAGCGGAGGACGCAGUCACUGGCGCACGGUUUGCGAGAAUUAGGAGUCAAGCCCAAGGAUAUUGUCGCUGUUUUUAGCCCCAACAGUAUCGACUACGCCAUUACCUGCUAUGGAAUCAUAGGUUGUGGCGCUACCGUGUCGCCAGUCAGCGCAGCAUACACACCGCUGGAAUUGGAGGCGCAACUCGAGACCAGUGGCGCCCGAUUUCUGAUUGCCCAUUCCUCGCUCCUCCUAACAGCCGAACAAGCGGUUAAAUCCAACCCGGCCAUUCAGAUCAUUCAAGCAGAUGGAGUUCGUGACAACAAGGGCAGGCCGACCGCUGAAGCUCUCGCUUCAAAUUGUCCACCCAGUCCGCUCGUCAGCAUUGAGCCAAGUGAGGCUGAGGAUCGGCUGUGCUUCAUGUGCUUUUCUUCGGGAACCACAGGUCGAGCAAAAGGCGUCAUGACAACACACAAGAACCUAGUGUCCAAUAUCCAGCAAUGGGACGCCCAGAUGCCUGGCGAGACCACGGGGAAACAAACAACGGUGGCAUUUUUACCAUUCAGCCACAUCUACGGCCUGACCUCCUUUGUCGCCAUCAACACGUUCGUAGGGAAUACAGCUGUCGUCCUAAGCCGUUUCGAUCUCGAGUUAUUCCUGUCGUGCUGCCAGAAAUACCGGCCCGAAAUGGUUAGCUUGGUUCCACCGGUUAUGCUACUUAUGGCCAAACACCCCUUGAUGAAGAAGUACGACCUUAGCAGUUUGAAAAGAUUGUUCUGCGCUGCCGCUCCGUUGAGUGUGGAGCUUCGGCAGGCCGUGGAAGCACGGUUCAAGGAGUUGUAUGGAACCACCAUAUUGGGGCUGCAGGCUUGGGGCAUGACUGAGACGAGUCCCCUAGGUGCAGCAGUGCCUCCAACCCGACCGGACAAGAGGAAUACAGUCGGGUGUAUCACACCAAACAUGGAAUACAGGGUGGUUGAUCCGGAGACGAUGCAGGACACAGGGUAUGAGCCAGACGGGUCUGCAGUACCAGGGGAACUGUGGUGCCGGGGGCCGAAUGUGACCAAGGGCUAUUAUCGCAACCAAGAGGCUACGAAUAGUGGUUUUGCAACCGACGAGCAAGGCAAGCUGUGGUUCCGAACCGGAGACAUUGGAACCAUUGACAAGGACGGAUUCUUGACCAUUGUCGACAGGAUCAAGGAGAUGUUCAAGUACAAGGGGCUGCAAGUCAUUCCGUCAGAGCUGGAGGGUAAGCUUCUGGAACACCCCGACAUUGAAGAUUCCUGCGUUGUCCCGCAGUGGGUCGAAGAACAGGCGACUCAUGUUCCUGUCGGAUUCGUGGUGAUAAGUCAGAAAGCCAAGGCCAGGGGCGAGAAGAAUGUUGUUGCGGACAUUGAUAAAUGGUUAAAUGCAAGAGUCGCCAACCACAAGAAACUGAGGGGAGGCAUCCAUGUCAUCGACGCCAUUCCCAAGUCGCCGUCGGGCAAGAUUCUGCGGCGCGAAUUAGCGCGGAUGCUGAAGGAGUCGAGUGCAAGGACGGGAUCGAAGCUGUGAUCUCAAGCAAUACAGGCGAUUCGCGUCAAAAUAAGCUUCUUGUCGGAUGCUUCGGAAGGGACUUUGGAACGGGAUGGAGACAGGCGUUCGAGCGAACAGUAUCAAUAUAUAUUUCAUUGGCAGCCUCGCCGAGAGCCGCAAGGCUGCGAGGGCAGAUAGUAGCACGUGCCCGUCGACGUCAUGCCACGUGAGUUGACGGAAUUUUCUUCUCUCG